GUAUUUGUGUAUCAAUGCCAAAGAGUACACUGUUCUACCUUUGAGAGUGCUCGAUCAAUAUCCUCGACAAGUGCUGGUAAUCAUCUCCUAGUGGGAUCAAACAUUAAUUGACGAUAUUUCUAGACAUCGAUCCGGGUUUCCGAGAUAGCAAAGUACCUUAUUUGAAGAAAUACGGAUCAAAUGUGAUCAUAAUUUGAAAAGUAGAUAACUUGUGUAAUCUCCGUCAGAUAUGGAAGGUACAGGAGACUGGAGAUGCAUUGGGAAAGUAAAUGAGUUAUCAAAGAAGAAAUGUCAGAGACUCUACUCAGCUGGCGGGAAAAUGUCUGAUUUGGCUCUUUUCUUCCACGAGGGCAAGUUCUACGCCAUGGAAGCUUGGUGUUCACAUUUAGGUGGGCCACUGUUCAGUGGAGAAAUUGAAGAUUACAAAGGACGGUGUCACGUGAUGUGUCCAUGGCAUGGAUACAUGUUUGAUUUGCAGGAUGGAAAGAAUGAAAUUGGAUUACAGCAAGAAGUACACGAAGUAAAGAUAGAAGGGGAGGACGUCUUCAUCUUCUACAAAACUGCCUUAAGUACAUCUCCAUCAUCGGAAUGAUGAUUAGCCAUCUGUCAUGUGACGUAUGUGAUCAUGUGUCGUACAUGGUCAUGUGACUGACCUGGUAAUACGACAUACGUGGGUUUAAGUGAUAUGAUAUGGAAUUGCAAGGGUUGUCGGAAGAAAGUUCAUGUAUUAACAUUUUUGAAAUGCAUACUUGUCAACUGUAUUUUUUUUUAUUCAUUUCAAUAAAGAAUCGCUGUCAUAAA